AUGGCUGCUUUGUCUACGGGCCAUAUCGCAGGCCAGCUGCGACACUUGAUCUACUAUCAACUUGACAACAACCUUAUUAAGAACGCGCUCUUCCUUGCCGGUCGUUUACAGGCCUUUGAACCACGAUCUUUCGAGGCGCAUUACCUUCUGGCUCUCUGUCACUUACUCAACGGUGAGGUCAAACAGGCCUUCGAGUGCAGUCAACCUACAGGAUCUCGUGGCCUACACGCCGGCUGUGCUUAUGUCUUCGCGCAGGCAUGCCUUGAUCUCGGGAAAUAUUUGGACGGUGUAACAGCAUUAGAGCGAAGCAAAAAUCUAUGGGCGUCUAAAAACCACUGGAAUAAACACAGUGAAACGCAGCGGCAACAUUUGCCUGAUGCAGCUGCGGUUUACUGUCUGCAGGGAAAGCUCUUCUAUGCACACAAAGACGUGACCAGAGCAAUUGAUUGCUACGUGGACUCACUCAAGCUUAAUCCAUUCAUGUGGGAUGCCUUCUUGGGUUUAAGCGCAACAGGCGUCAACAUCCGAGUCCCAAAUAUCUUCCAACUCAGUCCCGAACUACUAGCCAUAAUAUCCUCUCCUCGGGAAGAUUUGGAAACAUCAUCCGAUUACUUCAGUCCGACCGAAGGGUCGUUUCCAGCGUCAUCCAAUGGAAAUUCCGGGGUCGACCCUUUUAUGGUUCCUACCACCCAUAGCGAGGAUGCGGCUACAAAUGGUAGCUCCGCACUCUGGGAAAAGCUCACUCUGAGUUCGGUCAAUGUUACAUCUGCACCUCAGCCAUUUAUUCAUGAAGGGGUGGAGACCCCCGGCCAAAGCAGCGGAUCGGAUGAGUUUCGGAUCGCAAAUGGUGUCACGGACCCAGAAUCCGGCUGGGAGCCACCAUUGGCCCCAGCCAGAAAGAUUCGCACAAUCCAGGCAAUGAGCUUGGAUCACCCAGGCCAAACUGCCCCAAAAAUGCGCCCAACCGGCAUCCGUCCUCGACCGAAAACUAGAACAGAACCAGAAGAGCCACCAGUGGCGCCGUUUGAAAAAGAGCCUCCGCCAGCGCCGCGAAUCGGCGACCGUAAACGCACCGUCUCUGGUCAGGUCGCCCAUCCUCUUCCUCCGCAACCAACAGAACCAGGUGCCCCUCAGCGCCGCAGUGUUCGGCUCUUCAAUCAAAUCAACCCUGCCACAAAAUUAUCCAACAGCACAUUGGCUGGUAGAGAUGGACGUGAAGUCAAGAAAGUAAGAAGUGCAAAUUCAAAAUCACGGAUUGGAACAGCUUCCACCGUUGGGCGCGUUGUUAGUGGCAACCGAAAACCAAUGGACUCCUAUGACGGCGAUGGAAAAGAUCACCACCGUACAACAUCCAUACCACCAGUGCCUCCUCUUCCCAAGAACACCGAAAAACAAAAGGAGCUUGAUGCCUUGAAUUGGCUUCUGGGGCUCUUUACAAAACUUGCCUCGGGGUACUUUUCGUUGAGUCGAUACAAGUGCACGGAUGCCAUUCAGCACUACAGUUCUCUUUCGCAGGGUCAGCGGGAAACGCCUUGGGUUUUAGCUCAGCUUGGCCGUGCUUUCUUUGAGCAGGCCAUGUAUUCCGAUGCUGCUAAGUAUUUCGCCAAGGUGCAGGCCUUGGCGCCAUCAAGGCUCGAAGAUAUGGAAAUCUAUUCGACUGUGCUUUGGCAUUUGAAAAAUGAUGUGGAAUUAGCUUACUUAGCACGCCAGCUUGUGGAGGUAGAUCGACUCUCCCCUCAGGCCUGGUGUGCUGUUGGCAACUCGUUCUCCCAGUCACGGGAUCAUGACAUGGCCCUCAAGUGUUUCAAGCGUGCAACUCAGCUGGAUACUGAAUUUGCAUACGCAUUCACUCUUCAAGGACAUGAGUAUGUUGCAAAUGAGGAGUAUGACAAGGCUCUCGAUGCCUAUCGUCACGGCAUUAAGGCCGAUGCCCGGCACUACAACGCAUGGUACGGUCUAGGCACAGUUUACGAUAAGAUGGGCAAGCUAGAUGAAGCUGAACAGCAUUUCCGCAAUGCGGCAAUGAUCAAUCCUACUAAUGCGGUCCUUAUUUGCUGCAUUGGACUAGUCUCAGAGAAGAGUGAUAAUGCCAAAGGGGCUUUGGUCCACUAUGAACGCGCGUGCUCUCUGGCACCACAUUCUAUCUUGGCCCGAUUCCGCAAAGCUCGCGUGUUGAUGAAACUCCACGAAUACAAGUUUGCACUUGUAGACCUGAAGGUCCUUAAAGAUAUGGCCCCCGACGAGGCAAAUGUGCAUUAUCUUUUAGGCAAGUUGUACAAGAUCAUCCAUGACAAGCCUAAUGCGAUCAAGCACUUCACAACGGCCUUGAACUUGGACCCAAAGGCUGCACAGUUUAUUAAGGAUGCGAUGGAGUCGAUAGAUGAUGAGAUGGAGGAUGACGAUAUGGCAUAG